CACAUAGAAACAUUAAAGAAAGAGGGUUAUCUUAUCAUAGGAUAUGCCCGUAAAUCUAAGCAAGACGUUGAUCUUCAUGUUCAAGUACGCUUACUUCAACUGAUGGUAGAUCGAUUGCAAGAACGAUCUUUAGUUGACAAAACAUUUGUUUCCGUAAACAGCAGCUCCAAUGAUCCUCUUAUCCAAAGAGAUUCCAAACCCAAUGAUAUCAUAAAGAAAUUGAGCAAAAAAAAUUAA